AUGGAGGACUCUAGUUUGUGCCUUGGUAUGUCAUCAGCGGUGCCCGACACCGAAGCCCACCUGAGCAGCGCGGUGCUCAACGGCCGCUACCCGAUCAGCCAGAAGCUCCACCAGCUCACCGCCCAGCUGGGACACGCUUUCCCCGAUCUGCACCGCCCGCAGCAGAUUCCCGAGGAGAAAGCGGCGGCACCGCUGGACGAGAAGAGCCACCACGCCGCCCUGGCCAGCCAACCUAUCAGCAGCCAGAUGGCGCUACUGGCCAACCAGCUCAACCGCGACAUCGACGCCGGAGCUUUGAGCGGCUUGAACGGACGCGUUGACCUGCAGCAAUUCCUCAACGGCCAAAACUUGGGCAUCAUGUCCCAGAUGAACGACAUCGAAGACGACGCCCGCAAGAACAGGAAGUACCCGUGCCCGCUGUGCGGCAAGCGCUUCCGCUUCAACAGUAUCUUGUCGCUGCACAUGCGAACCCACACGGGCGAGAAGCCCUUCAAAUGUCCCUACUGUGACCACAGGGCGGCUCAGAAGGGCAACCUGAAGAUCCACCUGCGGACCCACAAGCUGGGAAACCUGGGCAAAGGCCGAGGUCGAGUCCGUGAGGAGAACCGGCUGCUCCACGAGUUGGAAGAGCGAGCCAUCCUGAGGGAUAAGCAGAUGCGAGGCGGCGGUCUCCUGCAGACGGCCCCGCGCGAACCCCACGUCGGCCUCAACAACAGCGCCAACGCCCUCCAGCAACAACUGGGCUCGGCCUGCGGCCUGCCCACGCCCCCGGGCCUGAUCGCCCCGGAAACCGCCGCCCAGCCGUCGUCCUCGCCAAAACCGACCGGCCCCCAGGACGAGCAGUCCCUUAACCCGGCCGCGGGGUACCGUUGCACCUUCUGCAAGGGCAAGUUCAAAAAGCGAGAAGAACUGGACCGUCACAUCCGCAUCCUCCACAAGCCCUACAAAUGUACUCUCUGCGAAUUUGCCGCUGCCCACGAGGAGGAGCUUAUCAGCCACGUGGAGAAGGCCCACAUAACCGCCGAGAACACGCAGGGCCAGGGUUCCGGCGCGUCAGGUGGCAUGCAGAUGGCCACAGAGUUCCGCUGCGACGUGUGCGGCCAGGUGUUCAGCCAGGCCUGGUUUCUCAAGGGUCACAUGCGGAAACACAAGGAUUCCUUCGAGCACUGCUGUCAAAUAUGUGGCCGUCGCUUCAAGGAACCCUGGUUCCUCAAGAAUCACAUGAAGGUCCAUCUAAACAAGCUGGCCAUCAAGAGCAAACCGCCGCAGCCAACCGAGCAGGACGUGGCGUCUGUCAACAGCAUGAGCAGCCUGGCCCAGGAAGCUCACGCGAACCUUUACUCCCGCUACAUCUCCUGCCUGCAGGGAGGCUUUCUUUCUCCAGACAAACAAGGUCUGAGCGAGCAGCACCAAAUGUUGGCAAAGGCCGGAAUCGCCAUGAAGGAGAAGGAAAUGCUGGGGAAGCUCUUAGGCCCGAUGGCGGCGGGAAUCGGUCACGGGCUGGGAGAAAAUGAGAAGCGCUCCCUCCUGGGCUGCCUCAACCUGGUUCCGCCUCUCAAAUCCAGCUGCAUGGAGCGUCUGCAGGCCGCCGCCAAAGUGGCUGAGAUGGAUUCCCUCAACAGCUACCAAGCGUGGCAGAUUAUGGCUCGUGGCAUCGCUAUGGACCGUGCCUUCAUGCCCAAGGAGCAGCUGCAUCAGCAACAGCAGCACCACCACGCCGCCCCCGGGCAGGAGGAUGAUAUGACGGCAGCCGGUGCCGUGGCCUCCUUCUCCAAGGAGAAACAAGACUUUGCACACAUGACUUCCGCAGAUGGCUCCAAGAAGCAACUAUCAGAGGCUUUGCAGGGUUCCAAGGCCGCUAGUGCCGCCAUUAUGUCGAUUAAGGACGAAGCCAGAGGCUUCGACUUGAUGUCCCACCACAUCGGUGCCGAGACGCCCGGCAACCUGUCCGGCUUGGGGAACCCCAUUAUGGACUACGGCCUCUCCAACCUGAAGGAUAAGCCUUCAGAGUGCCCCGACUGCGGCCGGGUUUUCAGAACCUAUCACCAGAUGGUGGUCCACUCCCGCGUCCACGGCAAGGAUCGACGCGGCGCGGAGGAAGCGCUCCAGCAGCAAGGCGUGGACGAACGCCGCGGCUCGGCCAGCGACCCCGAGUCCCAGUCCAUCAGCCGUUCCACCACACCCGGGUCCUCCAAUGUGACCGAGGAGAGCGGAGCCGGAGGCGGACACUCGCAGACGGGAAGCGUCCAGGAUGACAGCCCGCAUCCCUCCUCACCUUCUUCAGAUGCCGGCGAGGAGGCGGCAUCGGCAGCAGCAAAGGUGGCCGUCAGCGUGCCGCCGUCCAUGUCGCAGCAUCGCGAGCGAUCCUUGGGCUCUGCCUCCAAAGACUGCCCCUACUGCGGGAAGUCCUUCCGUACCUCGCAUCACCUCAAGGUCCACCUGCGCAUUCACACAGGAGAGAAGCCCUACCGCUGCCCUCAUUGCGAUUACGCCGGCACCCAGUCCGCCAGUCUCAAGUACCACCUAGAGCGCCACCACCGCGAGCGGCAGAACGGCUCGGCCGCCUCCGGACACGCCCCCUCGUCGGAUCACAAAGACGACCACGGGAAGGCGUUGGGCGGCGGCGUCUUCGCCCGCCCCGACGUUCUACGCAAUGUCUUUAAGAGCAUUCCCCCCAACUUGGACUUCAGGGGACACUUGCUGCCGCAUCAGUGGGCUUCAGCCAGCGUGGCGGCGGCGAGCGAACGCGGGGAUCGCCAUUUCGACGCCGCGGCCGAGAACACGAAGGCCAACGACGCCGACGGCCCCGCCAGCUUCUCCGACCUGAGCCGGGCCUACCAAAGCAUGAUGGGGAACGGAGUUCACUUCCAAGGCUCUCUGCAGGCUUUCAUGGACAACUUUGUCCUCAACUCCAUGAAAAAAGAUAUGAAGGACAACCAGAGUCCUGUCCAGAUCCAAGCCGCCCAGUCCUACCACGAUAACGGCGAGCCCAGAGCCAAGCGAAUCGCCCUGACGGACCAGGAUAUGGAUGAUAAACUGGAGGUCAAGCAGAAUCCGGGACCCUUAAAACCCGGAUCCCAGUUCGAGCCACUGGACCUCUCCGUCUCGGUCCGGCCCGAGUCCGGCUCCGGUUCUCUCCCCGGCUCCUCCGUCACUAUCCACGACAACGUGGCGUGGCACGGCUGCCUCUUCUGCUCCUUCUCCACCGCGUCCCUGGAGCUCAUGGCCCUUCACCUCCAGGCCAACCAUCUGGGUCAGGCUCAGAGAGCCGACAUGGGAAAGGACGCGCACGGCGAGGCUUCUCCCAACACCGAGCAAUCGCCCAACAUCAAGAGUUUGCUCUUGGACAAAGACGGGGAUGGAGAGAGGAACCAGAUUGGCUGGAACAACCACAUCGACCAGCCCUACAACCCCUUCCAGAGCGACUUCUAUAGACGCUUUGGCGGCCUGUAUGACGGAUCCCCCCGGGGAGGGCCUCAGGGUCUCCAAGGCUACAUGUCUGCCACCGAGCAGGGACUGGAACUUCCGGGCAAGGCCUUCAGAGGGACAUCUUCAGCUGGGGAUGACCAAGUCGGCGAGAGAAGCUCUUGCGGAGACCCUGACGAGGAGCGGGUGGGCUCCGACGACGAGGUCGCAAAGUCUGAGACGCAAGUCUCCGGUGACACUCCGUCAACCACCCCCAAACGUGGGCGACAUCACUCCGACGAGGAGAGGGAGGAUGCCGAAGAGGACGAGGAGCGAGAAGACGAUGCGGACCGAGACGAAGGAGGAAGUCCCGCUCCGGACCGUGUUCAGAAUCACCAGAAGCAGCCGCAAGACGGUUUGGCCGCCUCGGUGUCGCUUUUCCAGCAAAAUCAGAAGCAAGUCUUGUCCCUGGAGAAGCCGUGGCAGCAAGGCCUGCCCCUCCUGCCUCCGACCGAAGCCCCGCCGGGACUUCUGAAGGCCGAACAGCAGAUAAACAUGAUGUCGGUUCUCCGAGCCUACGGGAGCGACAACCUGUCGGCCUUUAACGUGAAGAGACCCGAUGCGUCCGUCACGUUAGAGGAACUGCAGAUGGUUGCUACAGAAGCACCAAGUCCUAAAGACUCAUGUCUGAAAGGUAAAUUCAGUUUCCAGGCGGCAAAGACACCCACCGAAGGUCCCUGGAACGUCUCUGAAGCUCUCCUGCACUUUAGAGCCGCCACCUUCAAGUGUCUGCGGGAGGAAAACAUGGCAAACUCGUGUCGUCGCUUUAACUCGUUGGCCGCCAUCGACGGAGAUGCCAGUGAUAAACUCGUAUUACAGGUGACGUUGCAUAAAAGACCCGUGUCUCAAAAGAUCUGCGGUGACACCGACCACACGGCGCUACCUGGAAAGCCUAGAUCCGGUUACGUCGACGAGGACGGCAAAGUUCCGUGA